AUGAGUAUCACCAUGAAUCAAUUGGCUCUGGCGGGUGCCAUACUCGUCUUGCCGCUCGUGUUUUUCUUGUCCCGCCAGCGCAGCAAAGAUGAACCCCCCUCUUUGGCCGAUACGAUUCCUUUCGUUACCAACACGUACCAAUACAUGACGAAUGCAAGGGACUUUAUGAAACGUGCAAGCCAUGCUCUGGAAACUAGCAACAUCGUCAAGCUCCGCCUCGGCCCGGUGCGGAUGUACCUCAUCAAGGGAGGACAGCAAGUCCAGACCAUGUUCCGUAAAUCAGCAACCAUGAGCUCUGACAAGUUCAUUCUCAUGGUAUUCAAAGACCUCCAGGGUACUUCAAAAGAAGAUGUCGCCAAGUUCGUCAACGACAAGUCAGGACGAUUGAAGGCGGCAGCACCUGGACACGAAAAUGUGCCUACUGAGCAGCGAUACUGGUAUACCCUGCAUCAUCUGAGCACGACAAAUCUUUCUCUAACCGAAAACACGGCGCAUCUGGCCAACAAGUAUACAGAAUUCCUUGGAGAAGCAUUGGCGAAGCAUCCGCUCGGUGAAUGGUCUACCGUCCAGUUGUUUCAGUACUUGAGGAAAGACAUGGGCGAAAGCGCCAUCAAGUCUUUGUGCGGUACACGGCUCUUGGAGAUAGUUCCUGACUUUUCAGAGCAGUUUUGGCGCUUUGAUAGCGGCUCUUUCCAGUUGUUGAAUGGUUUGCCGAGAUGGUUGAAUCCUAAACCGGCGCAAGAGCGUGAUAAGAUUGCGCGAAUGUCCGAAAAAUACUUGAAUGAGGUGUUUCCCACUUUCGACUGGGAGGGUCUCAGUCCAGACACCUACUGGGAGCCGGCGCUUGGAUCUAGGCAUUCGCGGGAGCUUCAGAAAUGGGCUUACGAUUCCGGCAUGACUUUGCAGUCUCGCGCAGCAUUCUUCUUCAUGUCAAUAUUUGCCGUCAACUCCAACACCGUACCAGUGACAACCUGGUACAUGAUGGAGCUUCUCAAGGACCCGAGCCUUUAUGAAGCCAUUCGUGCCGAGGCCGUUCAAGCUUUGGUGACUGAUCCAGUAACCGGAAGACGAGAUUUUGACGCACAGAAACUCGUAUCUAUGCCUCUUAUGCAAUCCGUGUUCAUCGAGUGCAUGCGCCUGCAUGUUUCGAUUGCCAUUACGCGGGAAAUUCUGGAAGACACAGUUAUGGAUGGCUUCCAUUUGAAGAAGGGCUCUCUAAUUCAGGCACCGACAAACCUCGGUCACUUUGACGAUGGAGUUUGGGCCCGCGAAGGCCAUCCGGCAUCCGAGUUCUGGGCUGAGAGACACGUUAAAUACGUGAAGAAAGAAGAUGAAGCUACAGGGAAAACAACUACCGAAAAGCAAUUCGUCAUGGCUGGAAAACCGAGUGAUUUCUUCCCUUUUGGUGGCGGGGUUUCCAUGUGCCCCGGACGACACUUCGCGAAACAAGAGAUUUUACUUACGGUUGCGACACUGGUAACACGAUUUGACAUGGAGCUCAUAGAGUGGACUCACAUGGACGGCAAAAAGUCCGACAGAGCAGCGAAGGACAAUGAGACGUAUUUCUUGAAUGCCGCUGUACCCCCUGACCGUGAUGUCAAGAUUAGAUGGAAGAGGCUUUGGUAA